AUGCCUGAACCGUCUGGGUAUGAACAGUUAAAUACGGCGGAAGAAGAACUGCUGGGGACAAGUCCUGAGGAACAAUGGUUAUUUGAAGAUGAUGAAGGGAAUCAAAAUCAAUUAUAUACAAAUGCAUUACCUUUGGCCAAAAGAGUUAUACGGUCAAGCCCCGUAUCAAGAAGUGCACCAGCUGCUAUUAGACAUUCUGUUUAUCCAAGAUAUCAUGACAAUGAUGAUAAUGAUAAUGAUGAAGAAAAUCAAUUAUUGGACCCUUUCACUGAUUCUGCUGGUAUAAGUGAUUCACCAGGUGUUUUUUCAAAUUAUCAAAUAUCAUCUGAGCCAAUACGAAGAAGAUCAAAAAGAUCAGGUUCUAUCAUGUCAAUGAAAACUUUAAAUGAUACAGUUUCAAAAUUAACAAAUUCAUUUGCUAAAUGGACCCUUAAAUCAAGACCUAUCGAGGGUAUACCCAAUGAAAUUCAAUAUUCAGUUUUCAAACCACCUUUGAAUAUAGAACCUUUAAAAGAAAUACCAAGUGAAGGUUUCAUAAAUAUUGGUGAUCAUACAAAAUCACAAUUUGAUAAAAUUGUUGAUAAUGCACUUGUGGCUAUUGAACAAGGUAUAAAACCUAAAAGAAUCGCCGCAGGAUCAUCUGGAAGUUAUUUCAUUUAUAAUACUAGCGGUAAUAUAGUUGGUGUUUUCAAACCAAAAGAUGAAGAACCUUAUGGUCCAAUAUCACCAAAAUGGACAAAAUGGUUACAUAGAAAUUUAUUCCCAUGUUUUUUUGGAAGAAGUUGUCUUAUACCUAAUUUAGGUUAUAUUUGUGAAACUGCUGCUAGUUUAUUAGAUAAACAAUUACAAACAAAUAUUGUUCCAUUUACAGAUACGGUUUAUAUAUCAAGUGAUUCAUUUUAUUAUUCAUUUUGGGAUAGACAAUCUAAAAAACCAUUAAAUCCUAAAAUUGGUUCUUUUCAAUUAUUUUUAAAUGGUUAUCAAGAAGCUGAUAAAUUUUUAAAUAAAUAUCCAUUACCUAGUACAGGUUCAUGGUCAUUACCAUCAUUUGAUAAUGGGAAUGGAUUUUUCCCAAGAUUUAAAGAUGAUGAUGAACAAAUUGCAAAAGAUAAUAAUGAUAAUAUAGAUUUAGAACAACCUCCAGUUUUUAAAUGGACUCAACCUGUUAUAGAACAAUUUAGAGAAGAAUUAGAAAAAUUAGUGAUUUUAGAUUAUAUUAUGAGAAAUACAGAUAGAGGUUUAGAUAAUUGGAUGAUUAAUUUAGAUUGGGAAACUAAGGAAAAUGGAUCUAAACAUCCUAAACUUAAAAUUGGAGCUAUUGAUUCUGGUCUUUCAUGGCCUUGGAAACACCCAGAUGAAUGGAGAUCUUAUCCAUUUGGUUGGUUAUUUUUACCAGUUAGUAUAAUUGGUCAACCAUUUUCAGAAAAAACAAGACAACAUUUCCUACCUUUAUUAACUUCAACAAUUUGGUGGGAAGAAUCUGCACUUUUAUUUAGACAACUUUUCGCUCGUGAUGAUGAUUUUAAAGAAAGAAUGUGGAGAAAACAAUGGGCUGUUAUGAAAGGUCAAGCUUUUAAUGUUGUUGAAACUCUUAAAGAUCCUACACAGGGCCCAUUAGAACUUGCAAGAAAAACAAGAAUCUUGGUACAUGAUGAAGAAAUGGAAGUCCCAGUUCAUGUUCCAAUUUCAAUAAUGUCAAAUGCAAUUGAAACUCCAAUUAAUAAUAAAGUGACUAAUAAGAAUAAUAAGCAAAAAUUAGGAAACUCUUUAGAACCUAUACAAGAAGAUUCAUUUACAGAUUCAAAUGAACAAGCAACAUCACCAGUAUCUUUACAAAACAAUUGGAAUGAUUUAUUAAAUGGUGAUAUAAAUGAAUCAACAUAUCAAAAUUCACUUUCACCAUCAAGUCAUCAAAAAAAUCAAAAUUCCACUGAAUCAGCUUUAGAAGAUGGUUUAACAUUUGCAGAAGGUUCGAUGGCUACAAAGCAAGUUAUUAUAGAAAGAUUACAAAUGGUAACUUCUAAACCACCGGUAUUUACUUGGUGUUGA